CCCGGGCUCGGCCCUAGGCGGUCGGCCCCGCCGCCCGGGGCGCCCAGCGGAGAGGACGCGGAGCCCGCGCGGUGCGGAGGAGGCGGCGGCCGCCGAGCGAGAGGGGGCGCCGCGGUGGGCGGCCCGCGCGGCCCCGGAGCCAUGGGCAAGUGCAGCGGGCGCUGCACGCUGGUCGCCUUCUGCUGCCUGCAGCUGGUGGCUGCGCUGCAGCGGCAGAUCUUUGACUUCCUGGGCUACCAGUGGGCGCCCAUCCUGGCCAACUUCCUGCACAUCAUGGCGGUCAUCCUGGGCAUCUUCGGCACCGUGCAGUACCGAUCCCGAUAUCUCAUCCUGUAUGCAGCCUGGCUGGUGCUCUGGGUGGGCUGGAAUGCCUUCAUCAUCUGCUUCUACCUGGAGGUCGGGCAGCUGUCCCAGUAUCCCAGGCCCCUUUGCUCCCAGGAUCGGGACUUCAUCAUGACCUUCAACACAUCCCUGCACCGUUCCUGGUGGAUGGAGAAUGGGCCAGGCUGCCUGGUGACGCCUGUUCUGAAUUCCCGCCUGGCCCUGGAGGACCACCAUGUCAUCUCUGUCACUGGCUGCCUGCUCGACUAUCCCUACAUCGAAGCCCUCAGCAGCGCGCUGCAGAUCUUCCUGGCACUCUUCGGCUUUGUGUUCGCCUGCUACGUGAGCAAAGUGUUCCUGGAAGAGGAGGACAGCUUUGACUUCAUCGGCGGCUUCGACUCCUACGGGUACCAGGCGCCCCAGAAGACAUCGCAUCUGCAGCUGCAGCCUCUGUACACGUCGGGGUAACUUCUGCCCUACGCCCUUGCAGGCGCUGCGCCCUCGGAGGCUGGACGGACAAGCGCCCGCAGCCGGCUCUGGCCGAGAUGGGCUGGCGCGCCCCCUGGCGGCCCGUGGACCGACUGCAGCCUGCGCCGGCCCUACGUGGGUCUGCGGCCAGAGAAGCGGACUUGUGGACUUGGACUUGGCCCUUUGCCGCCUGGACUUGGGGGUGGAGCAACGCGAGGCAGGGGAUGGGGAUAUCGAGAUUUGUAUUUUUUUUUAUCUCAGUCUUGGCGUGCGCUGGGGCCUUCCUGCAUUCUCCAGUCUCUCCCUUUUACCUUUCACCCAGCACCCUGCCCCUGUCCAGAGAGAAGCAUCCGGGCAGAGAGUUUCACCCCAUGGCACCACACUCAUUCACCAGCCCUGGAAGAGCUACUGUGAACUUGGGGCAGGAGUGCUGGGUUCAGGUCGCAGCUCCCUCACCAACUGUGUGGCCUCUGGCAAAGCCUUGCCCACUCUGUGCCUCAGUUACAUUGAGUAAUUGAAACGAUCUCUUAGCAGGUGGACCCUUCUAGCUGCCUCAUUUGACUCUCAGUUCCCUGGGCAGAGAUUAUAAUUCCCAUUCUGCAGACAUGGCCCAGAGGUGUGAUUUGCUUGAGGCCACACAGCUGGGCUUUAGGUGGGAGCAGGCCUUGAACAAUGUGCUUCCUGUAAUUUCAGUCUCCAAAACCCAGUGUCGGGUCUCUGGAUUCCACUUCCAACCUCCCACCCCGCCCCUUCCAGCUUGGACACUCCUGAACCCACGUGGUCUCCACCUCACUCACACGCCCGCCACCCUCGUCGACGCCUGUCGUAAAGCAAUAUGCCCACUUGCUCUCUCACCAGAUGGACAGAGCCUAGAGUCCUGAAUUCAGCCCGGCCCAUGGGGAAGCCAUGCUAGAUUCAGCCCGUACCCACCCUCAGCAAGCUCCCUCCUCCAGGGAAAUUAAGUCACAGCUCAGCACCCCCUCCUGGUCCCUGAGCCAGGCCUGCUGCCCCCAUGCUCUGCUCCCUCUUAGCAACUCCACCACCUCCCGGGAGACGGGAGGUCCAGAGCACAAGGGCUGGUCGGCACCGCCUGACACCCGUGUCUGCACAUCACCAGCGUUUGCCACCACUCCAGGGCCCAGAAGUGACCUCUCCCAAUCCCAGAGGCAUUUUAGAGGGGUGGGGGGAUGGGCAGUAGGGGGUCAGAAGGGCCAACACCCCCACCCUUCCUUAGGGGCAGGGAGAGGUGAGAGCUCUCUCUGCCAGCCCUCCUCCAGAGCCACCCCCGGGGACUCUGCACACUGGCUGGUGUCCGAAAUCCUGAGGACCAGGCCUCAGCGUCCCGAUCUGCAGAACAGGAGCAGCCCUGGGAGGCGCUGGGGAAAGGAGGGGAGUCCAGAUGGUGCGGGUGCUUUGUGUACCUGGGCCUAUCUGUGGUCACCUCCCCCCUCCUUGUCUCCACCCUUCCAUCUAUCCUGAACUAGAACGCCAGCCCCACCCCGCCCCGCCAUCCACACCCGCAGGCUAACCCGUCAGUCCCAGGCCAUCCUCUGGCCACCACAGGCACCAGGUUCCAGACUCAGCCAGGUCAGCCGGUGGGGCCAGCGCCGCCUCCAGCUCUCGCGUCUCCACCCCUCCUCCACUGGCAGGUUUAGCCACUGGUGCUUUGAAGCCUUUCGUUUUUAUAAAUGGUCUUUGCCGGGGGGCCCUUGCCAGGUGGGGAGUGCGCCCCGGGUUUCUGUGCAGGUGGCUUGAUUAAAGAUGAUGUUUUCUUCUCUGC